AUGAAAAGAGGAGGCGGAGUUUGUGUAAUUGCUAAGACCUUUAUAAGUGCCCAGAUCGUUACUCCUAACUAUGAUCUGAAAGCUGACUUACUCUCCGCUGCUAUUUUUUGCCCUGAUAAUAUGUCGCAGCUUCGUUUCAUACUUGUUUACCGACCACCAAAUAGCUCUGCUGUUGAUGAUAAAAAGCUUGUAGAAGUACUCAGCGAUCUUGCAGUUGUAAAUCAUCAUCUAAUCACUCUUGGCGACUUUAAUCUGCAUGCAGAUUGGGUCAACUGGAUAGCUUUUAACUCAGCUUCAUCGCUUUAUUUAGAUUUCUUCUCUAAUGCUGGGUUAGUUCAAAAUGUGAAUCUGCCUACCCACUCCGAUAGAAUUCUUGACAUUAUCCUUACCCCUAGCAUUUAUACUCUUGACGUCAAGCUUCUUCCGCCGCUAGCCUCAUCCGACCACGCUAUUAUCCAAUUUGAUUCACCUGUAACUAUGUCAGCACAAGGAAUUCUUAUGCCCAACUUUCUUCAUGCUGACUACUCCUCUUUGAACAAUUAUUUUUCCGACGUUGAUUGGUUUACUCUUUUUGAUCAAUACUCCUCAUGUUCUGACAUCUAUUUCAGAUUCUGUAAGAAGGUUUACGAGGGUUUGACCAAAUUUGUUCAUUUUCGAUUCCCUCGCUCUUUUUCCUUGAAACUACCAUGUCAACUGAAAUCUUUGUACUCUCAGAAGCUACGUCUUUUUGAGGAGUUAAAUGACCCCCUACGUAGUUCACUGUACAAGAAAGUAUGUUCUGACAUUGACUUCCAUAUGAGGAGAUACCUUGCUUAUCGGGAACGAUGCUUAUCGCGCAGAGAAUCCAUGAAGCCUUUCUAUUUAUACUUAAGGCAUAGAAUGAAGGCUAAUGCAUGGCCUCCGAGUCUCGUAGAUCAGACAGGAGCCACCUAUGUUACAGACGCUGAUAAAGCUUAA